UUUGCAUUACCAUUCCAGACUGAUCCGGACCGAUCAGGACGGUCGGCAGCAGUCGGCAGUAUAGUUUCGAUGCCAGUUAUGAGUUUCAUACCUGUCGUUCUGUAAAAAUCAGUGAACGAAUCACUUCCGUGAUUGACGAUUGAUUCGAAUAGGCUUCUAGAUCGUUUUAAAAGUUCAGGAUAAUAUUCUUAGACAGCAGUAAUGUAAGUGUAGCCCAGUGGCUCCUGCCAUCUAUGAACUAGUUCGUUCUGUGAGAAGUCUUUGUCAUAAGUAAAAGGAAAAAGUCGGCAGUAAGUGUAGAAAAAAUAAAUACCCAAUGAAUUAAAGAGGGUAUAUCAUCAAGUUUUUUUUUUUAAAUACUAUGGGAAAUGCUAGCAGCAACACACGUGACAGACAUAAGUCAGGAGACACAAUAGUACCGUCUUCUCCAGGAAAGGAUGGUCAAGCAUUUGUCUUUGAUAAGAAACCAAAAUUAGUUUUCCAGUCAUCUCACGAUGAAGAAGAACCUUAUUAUACCAAGGAACAGACAUCAGAAGACUACACAGGAAGUACACGCCAGCGUUCUGCCACAGUCUCUGAGGGUACUAAAGUGAAUGAUAAAGUCCUACCCACAGUUUUCAAAUGGGAAGGUGGUGGAAAGCAAGUUUUCAUCAGUGGGACAUUCUCUAACUGGAAGACUCUUCCAAUGGUUAAAAGUCACGGUGAUUUUGUAACUAUCAUAGAUCUUCCAGAAGGGGAGCAUCAGUACAAAUUUUAUGUGGAUGGUGAAUGGAAACAUGACCCAGGAGUGCGCAUCGUUGACAAUCAAAUGGGUUCUAAAAACAACUUGGUGUCCGUGAAGAAGUCUGACUUUGAAGUAUUUCAGGCGCUUGAUAUGGACAGCGAAAGCAUGGGCAGUAAUCAGCAACGAGAGUACUCUCAGGAAAUCCCCGCAAACAAGCCGUGGGAGAAAGUCUCUGGGCCACCUGUCCUCCCCCCACAUCUUUUGCAAGUCAUAUUGAAUAAGGAUACUCCUUUGUCUUGUGAACCCACAUUGCUGCCUGAACCGAACCAUGUGAUGCUGAAUCACCUUUAUGCAUUAUCAAUCAAAGAUGGAGUGAUGGUGCUGAGUGCCACACAUCGAUAUCGAAAAAAAUAUGUGACAACUCUCCUCUACAAGCCUAUCUAGCAAUGUUACUGUAACUUUUUAUUUUGUACCUAGUGCUAUGAACAUGCUUUCUUCAAACAAAAUAGGUUGCUAUCCAAGGCCGUGGAAAGAAGUCUGCUUGAUGGUUUGGAUUAUAGCACUUGAGGCUUUCCACUCUACCUGCUGUUGUAUUUCCUUCCAGACCCUCUGGGUCUGUAUCAGCCAGCAUGAAGCACUUGAUGCACUGUCCACGUUCCUGUGAACAGAAUGGCUAGGUGACUGGAGGGGAAUGUGCUGGAGAGGGAACUGUGUCAGCUAAUGGAAAAUGUAGAGGGGGUGGUCCAUUCAUGGGCUUCUUUCUAUGGCCUCAGUGUAGUUCAUUAAGUGAAUAUGCAGUCCCUCUUGAAUUUAGCCAGUUAGUCUGAAAAUGGUGUUAAUGACUAAGAUGUUGAACUGCUUAAGAAACUGGAAAAUUGUGUAAUUUCUGGUUUACAGAAAUCAGAGUUUUUCGUCUCUAAAAAACGUUGUAUGGAUGUGAAACCUGGUCUCUUGCCUUAAGUGAAGAAAAAAAGUGUUUUGGGAACAGCGCUGAGGAGAAUAUUUGGAUCUAAGAGAAAGGGUGUAACAAGAGACUGGAGAAAAUCACAGAAUGAGAAGCCUCAUAAUUAUGAGGCUAUAAUUAUAAUUU